GCAGUGCCAAGUAGGGACUUGGUACGCAGAGGAGGGCCAGAACACCGCGCCCUCUGACAACGGGUCAAUCAUAUGUUAGAGCCCGCACAUUACAUGGCCCACCUCCUUAACCCUCGCCACAGGAGCAUUGCGUAUUUUGGAGCGGCGAGGCGCAGCGAGCAUGACAAGACACUCGCGGAGGAGUCGCUGCGAUACCUUCGCCAGCAGACUGGCGGAGAUGAGGAGUUGUAUCAGACAUUGCGCACGCAGUUGGCGGAGUUUCUGAGCCGGGAGGGCGAUUGGACGUAUGGAGGGGUUGAGGGUGAUAGGGACGCGGCCUCCUGCAGAGGGGAGAAGGAGACGUCGCAGGUGGGGCAGUGGUGGGUUCAGCACGGGGACGGGGUCCCUCUCCUUCAGAGUUACGCCAUUCGCCUGACACACACAUGGACGUGCGCCUCUCCAACGGAGAGUCCAACGGAGAGGAACUGGGCCGUCCAUGAGCGUAUUCAGGUGAAGAAGCGUAACCAGCUUGGUUUUAUCAAGCUGGCUCAUUUGGUGGCGAUAUCCACCAACUUGAGAUUGAGUCAUUGUCAGGGGAGGGGUUCAGGGUACGUUCUGCCAUGGGAGGAUGCUGAGGAGGAGACAGAGGACAGUAUUCCUCCGCCUCGUGAUGAGGGUCUUCGGCCAGCUGACCGAGUCAUAGAGGCGCAACGCGAGUGGCAGGUGCAGCGCGGACACGACCUGGCAGUGGAGUCAGAGCCGGGGGAUUCUCAUGAUGGGGGCGACAAUGAUCCUCUCGCCGAGAUGUUGCGUCCUUGGACGCGUGCUUGCACUGCAGCCGCUGCGCAGCAUCCCCCUCCCCCUCCACCUCCGCCGCCGAGUGCUCGUGCUUCCACUGCAGCCGCUGCACAGCAUCCCCCUCCCCCUCCACCUCUUCCUUCGAGUGGUCGGGCUUCCACUGGAGCCAUUGCGCAGCAUCCCCCUCCACCUACAGAUCGUCCAGGACAUGGCGAGCAGGGGACUUGGGAUAUUGUUGAGGAGGGACGCGACGACGGCGACGAUGUCAGAGAGGGGUACGAGGGCAGCAGUGAGGACGAGGAUGAUCCCUCCUAUUCCCCGACACGCGGACAUGGUGACGACGACGACGAGGGCGGCAAUGGUACACAGGCUGCAGGUGGUUUGCGGAGGUCGGGUCGACAGCGUGCCGACCGAUGCAGUGGUGCAGGCAGGGGCGUCGGGGGGGCACGAGACACGGGGGCUGCAGGCCGUGGUGGCGGAGGACGGGCGAGGCGAGAGUCUGUUUCGUCCACUCGCACUGUGCACUGGGUCGAUGAGGGUGCCGCGACAACAGAGGUUGGCACCGGGUCGGCAGAGUUUGGUGGUGCUGCGUCGGCACAGGCCGCUGCAGAGGCCGCUCCCUCCACUCCACAUUUUGCAGCGCCGUCUGAGGAGGUAGCAGGCGGGUUUGCAGAGGUUGCUGACGAGGCUGCACAGGUUGGGAGCGCUUCUGCGCAGUUGGGUGGUAGUUUCAAUGGUAUGUUGGAUGUUUCGUUAGGGUUUCCUCCGACACCGGCAGGCGAGCGUGGCAGUGGUGAUGCGGACACAGCGGCUACGCCCGUUUGUCAGAUACUCCGGGAUAUACCUUCAUGCAGCAUGGGUGACAUCAGUAGCAGCAUGUUGCAGGAGGCAGCAGCGGGGACACAGGGUUCGUUGGGGCUGGAGGAGUGUGCAGCAGGGGACAAUAGGGAUUGUCGACCUGUGCAGGAGCGAGCGCUAGAGUCGGAGCAGGACAAGAUCGAUCGUGAGGAGAGGGAGAGGGCGCAGGACUUGGCUAGCCGUUGCGAGAUGACACAAAGUAUUGCGCUGAGGACACGAGCAGAGCGGAUGCUCGAGACGGGCGGUGGAUCUAGGUCUCGUGGAGUUGAGCAUUUCACCAAGCAGAAGACGUAUUGCCCACGCUGGACUAGAGAGAUUUUGUACGAGUUGCAAAGGGCGGGGGUAGUCCUUAGAGAUGCCAUCUCGUGGGGCCUGGCUUCAGAGUACGCGGAGAGGGUGGAGGGUGUUAUGGCUGCGGACGACCUCCGUCAUUACAUGGAGGCGGAGGGGGGCGGAGAGGAGGAGCAUACGAGGCCCGGGACACCCUCGCAUGCUGGAGGGGCGGAUGCAUCGCUUACUGGAGGGGCGGAUGGUGGCGAUACAUGUGGGGGGACGAUCAGCUUGGCUGACGAUUUGGAUGCAUAUCGUCAGCGUGGCGGCAAGUCACGAGGCGGCACUCAGCCUGCGGCUUUUGAGGACGCGCCACCCCGUGUACCAAGAGGUGUAGGAGGUGUGAGUGGCCGUAUUGAGGCAAGCGGUUGUAGUGUUAGUGCAGCACCCGCGUCCACAUCCGUAGUGGGUAGGCGACAGUCGACUCUGGAUCCCUAUAUAGGGAACAAGAUCAAGAUGGAUCUUGAUCGGUUGUGGGCCCUCGCUAUCUAUCGUGGCGGAGUGGCGUUCAACCGACUGCGUUUGGCCGAGACGCAGCAGUUGUGGGAUUACAUAUGCACUUUAUUCCGUUGCCACGAUAGUACCAGUUCCACGACUCCUCUCUGGGCUACUUUCGGCUGCACGCUGAUGACGGACGGGGCUAUCGACACGACAAACAAGCCCAUUAUGAACUUCAUCGCAGCAGGGGACUCCGGACCCAUCCUCAUCUGGACGAUUGACAUGUCGCAUCGCGACAAGACCGGCAUUAGCUUAGCAGAGAUCUGGGAGGACGUGAUUCGACAUGACACUGGUAUCGAGAAUGUCAAUGCGAUAUGCACGGACAACGCCGAGGUCAUGAAAAUCGCGGCGCACACGUUACAGACACACCCAGAUCCUGCUAUGCGUCACAUUCCCUGGAUCCCGUGCGCAGCACACUCCCUAAGUUUGCUGCUGAGGGACAUUGCCGCACAACCUUUCGUGCGACUGACGACGAGAGACGCGCACAAGAUUGUGAAGUUCAUGCGCAACAAACAAAAAGCGCUUGCACUUCACAAAGUAAUGAAGAAGGCGCUGGUGCUCAGGCGACCAGCGGAGACGCGUUUCGGUAUAGCAUACAUGAUGCUGGAGAGGUUGUACGACCAGAGGGAGGUCUUGGACACAUUGGUGUCGUCGGACAGGUGGGCUAGGGUGCGAUGGGCCGGGGAUGAUCGAGAGCGGAUGCCUCAUGUCCGCAGGCUCUGCAGGGAUGACAACUUUUGGAGUGGCGUGAGGACGGUGAUGGACGUUAUGGGUCCCGUUUACUCGUUCCUCAGGGAUGUUGACAGGGUGUCAGGGACGGCUCAUCACCCACUGGCCUAUGGGAUUUGGAGGCCAUCCUCCGACAGAGACUUCAUUCACUACAACUGUCAGACUUUGACCACCUCUCUACUCAACACAUCAUACGUGGUGGUGGCCUAUUGGGUCUUCUCAAAGAAAUGCCCUCGUAAGGGUUCUCGCAUGGCACGAUAUAAUAAAUUAAGUAACUGGGUCUCAGUGACCCCGUGGUCUGGGACGGCCACCAGAUCAUCUGUAACUGCUUUGAGUGCCCUUGCACUCUUCUUCUGCCGCGAGUGGAUCGUUUGCAGUUUAUCAGACGCCCUGAAGCCUCGCGUGACGUCUGCAAAUUUCUCUCUAAGGAGUUUAAGGAAUUUGUGAAGAGCGUGGCCACUACUUUGGCGCCCUCGAUGACGCAUUUGCAGAAUUUCUCUGCAUUCUCCUUUAACUUUCUAACCUUGGUCCGUACAUGUGUCAUCACAUCCCGCGCGGAUUCUCUAAAACCGGACUGGAUGGAGUGGAGGGCCAUGUCUUGGCCCCUAACAGACUGAUGAUGCUCAAUCAAGACCCUACCUAAGA